UAAAACAGAGAGAAGACCAAAAGAGAAUAACAACCAAAAGGUUCGCAGAUCACACGGAACAAGCUAUUCUUACCUUAAUCAUUAAGUCAAGCCAUGAUUAUCCACCAUCCAUGUCUUCUUUUCUCUUUCAAUUCCUUUUUCUUUCCCUCCAUACACCAAUUCUUGAUUUUUCCUGCUGUUUUUAUCAUCCAAAAAAUACAUACUUCCCGCAACAGAAGCCGAAGUCACAUAGUAGUGUAAUGCCUAAAUCAAACCGGAUUGUUACUCCUUUACUUUUCUUUUUAAUUUCUUCUACAUUCACUUACAAUUGCCUAGUGUUUGCCUCCCCCGUUCCGGAACAGAGCUUGAAAAGACCUGAUCCCCUGCGCCAUUUCAAACCUUAUAAUGGAGUUUAUGAUAUCAGAAACCGACACUACUGGGCUUCUGCAGCAUUUACAGGAAUCCACGGUUAUGCGGUCGCCGGCAUAUGGUUCUUGUUUGGCUUGGGAUUUGGGAGUUACUUGAUCCUGAAGAACUUGUUCGGUAGCUGUUUUCGAAUUGUGAAUUAUCCACAUUCUUUCUACAUUGCAACGUUCUCGCUGGUUGUUCUAUUCACUUUGCUUGCCAUAAUUGCUAGCAGCUUUGUUUUUGCUGCAAGUAAGAGCAGUCAGAAGAGAGCCAACAGGCUUGUAGAUACAGUCUUUGGUGCUGCAAGCGAUGCUUCCGGAGCCAUGCGUAGAGUUAUAAAUUCGUUGGUAGAUAUGCAGGCCUUGUUGCGUCCCUAUGAUCCCCAGACGUGCAAUCUUUUGAAUGUAACUUCCCAUCGGCUAAGAAGGGAAUCACUACUCAUUAAAGAUUUCGUUGCAAAAACCAAGCAUCCAAGCCACGAAGCAGUUGAGAUCCUGUACUCCACAACUGUUGCAGUAGUGACAAUCAAUUUAAUGUUGCUGGUUGCAGCAUUAGUUUUGCUGAUCCUGCAUUGGUAUCCUGGAAUUAUGGUCAUAAUAUUUUGCUGCUGGAUCUUGACGACUCUAAGCUGGAUUCUGACAGGUUUUGAUUAUUUCUUCCAGACGUUAACUUGGCAAUACAAAAUUUUGUGGAUAUGCAGUUUUGCACGAGACACAUGUUCAGCUUUGGUGAAGUUUGAGGAAAAUCCUGAUGACAGUAGCCUUAGGUUCAUACAUCCCUGUGCAUCACCAUCUGAUUCCAACAACUUAUUGGUACAAAUUGGCAAAACUGUUCAUAAUUUUAUUUCCCAGGCAAAUACAAAGCUGACAGAGCUAAAAGCAGUUCUUGGAAUUCAAGAAGGCAAUGAAGAUACCUUAGGAUUUCAGGAAAUCUGCGACCCUUUUGCCAGUGCACCCAAUUACGUCUAUGCACCUCAAAAUUGUCACAAAGAUGCUAUUCCAAUAGGAGAUUUACCAAAUAUUCUAUCGAGGUUCACCUGCUACAAGGGCAAUUCUUCUGAAGAAUGCUUAAUUGAUGGAAGAUUUCUUCCAGAGGCUUCCUAUGUGAUGGCUGAAGCCUAUAGCCACUCCAUUCAAGACUUGAUUAAUGUGUUUCCGGAUUUACUGAGCUUGACUCAGUGUACCUCUGUGAAACAAGCAUUUUCUGAUAUUGUUGUUCGCCAGUGCAAGCCAUUCAAAACCUCAGUAAGAAUGCUAUGGUCAUCUGCUUUAUCCCUGUCAUUAAUCAUGACGGUUUUGGUUUCACUCUGGGUGGCAAAAACUUGUCGAGAUAGACACCGAUCCUUUGCCAAGUUUUCCAUUGUUCCCAAGCCUGCGUAGCACCAGGGGGAAAAAAAAAAUUUGCGACAGAUAUUAUUGUAUAUAGAUAAUAGAUAGGAAAAAGAUGCAGGUGAAGUGAACUCUCAUGUAGGUAAACAUAAUUUUACUCCAUGAAGUCGUAAGGCAGAUUGGAACAUGGAGUGGUUCAAUAGGAAAAGUUUAGAGUAAGUUUAAUUUUAGCCCUGUUAUGUUUACUUCGUGGGUAAGAUGGGCUGAGCCCAAAAGUUCAGUGUAAGCAGCGUUGUGAUUUAGUCCUGGAAAUUUUAAUAGAUACUCUAUCUAAAUAGAAUGAAAAUUGUAAACACUUCCGUUUGGAUAUUAAGAUUUGGAAAAUCUUUUUCCAAAUAUUAUUCUACUUGCA